AUGGAUAUGGAUACUUUCCACAACCGCAGCGUCUUGGAUUCUGCGCCCUCGAUAUCCAAAGUUUACUUGUGGGGAGUAUUCGAUUUUCAAAAACAUCAUUUCAAUUCUUUGCAAGCCUGGCGGUGCCGAUAUUCGUGGGCAAUGAUCAUGGUGUCUGUCGAUCUGUUCAUUGCCAAUGGCACGCUUGUCAUAAACCACAACAAACCUCCACGCCCCGAUCGCCCAACGUUGAUUCCAUGGGAGCCCCCACUUUCUGUACCCUUUCUUGACCCUCAAACCGAGAGGAUUGGGAGGAAAGAGUAUCAUGGCAACGCUUUCCCUGAGGUGACUCAGUCGCAUGGAUUGGAGACGUGGUUCAAUGCUUUCAACAUCUUGGUCCCGCCUCACGGACGGGUUCCCCUUGAAGCCUUUGGUGAUCCGGGGCAGAGCUGGAGAAUCCUGGAAGCCUUGAACUUUGACCGCGCUCUUCUUAGUGCACAGAUCCUCAACAUCGAGAAUCGGAUCAAUAUAGAAGACAUGCAAUCCGAGGGACUAGAGCCACUGAACGCAGUCCUCAUCAACAACAACAACGCUAAGCGACUCUUUCAAAACCCAACAUCGACGUAUCUUCUCGUGGGAAUUCUGAUUUGUGGGCAGCCGGAGGACGGUGGUGAUGAAGAAUUGGGUAACGAAGACAUUGACAGGCAAGACAUGAACAGGCAAGACGUGGGCUGUCAAGACGGGGACAGUCCAGACAUGGAUAGCCAAGACAUGGAUAGUCAAGACGCGGGGAGCGAGGACACUUUGAAAGGCGGAGAAAGAUCAGAGAUUGAGGGUACAGGCAGGCCUGUUUCCACAGCCUAG